GGAGUUCCACCCAAACUAGGAAGCUCCACUUUAAAGAUUGUUCCCCUCUCCGCAUUAAGGAUUGGCACCUUUGGGGAGCGUGGGGGAGGGGGGGAACGGGUACCCAAAUUUGACAGGUACCCGCUCCCACUUCCACUGCGAUCGCCUAGGCAAACGGAAGUUGUCCUCCUACCCUCCCUCCCCGAAGUCUUGAGGGACAGGUGACAGGUCCCAGAAGAUGACAGGACCAUUCAGGAAGCGCAGCACUACUCACGCAUGUGCAGUGGGUACCCGACUGUGAAACCGCAAGCUGUCACAGCCGGGUGCCCACACUGAAGAUGC